GUCCAUGUGCACUUCAUCUUCCUAGGUACUAUAAAUAUAGUCACGUCUUAAUUAGCCUUUAGUUAAUACCACACGACGCAUAGUAUAUCAAUAUUGGAAGUAGUGAGAUCCAUCCAUAUCCUUCUUUUAACAGCAUUCUCAUUCAUCCCACCGGAAAACUAUGAUCAACAAGACCAGAUUGGAGGGUAAAGUAGCCCUGAUCACCGGCGGUGCUAGCGGCAUCGGAGAACAGGCUGCGAGGUUAUUCCUGGAGAACGGAGCUCACGUCGUCAUUGCCGAUGUUCAAGACGACUUGGGCCAACAAGUGGUUGCGUCAUGCAUGGAUUCCAAGAUCUGCUACAGUCACUGUGACGUCAGUAAUGAAAAACAGGUGGAGGAAGCCGUGAGCUUCACCGUCGCCAAAUACGGAAGCCUCGACGUACUUUUCAGCAAUGCAGGGAUCAUGGGACCAAUGACGAGCCUCCUAGACAUGGACCUCGAUGCAUUUGAUAACACCAUGGCCAUCAACGUUCGUGGGGUGGCUGCAACCAUCAAACACGCUGCUCGUGCUAUGGUUGCCGGAAAGAUACGGGGUUCCAUCAUAUGCACCGCCAGUGUUGCAGCUUCCAUCGGAGGAGCCGGCCCCCAUGCUUACACCAUUUCCAAACACGCCAUGGUGGGAUUGAUGAAGACUGCGUGCAACGAGCUUGGAGCUCAUGGGAUUCGAGUGAACUGUGUUUCACCCUUCGGUGUGGCCACUCCUCUUAGCUGCACAGCCUAUAAUCUGGAGGCAAGCCAGGUGGAGGAAAAUUGCUGUGCGACGGGGAAUUUAAAGGGCAUAGUGCUGAAGGCGAGGCAUGUUGCUGAGGCAGCUUUGUUUCUAGCUUCGGAUGAAUCGGCAUAUGUGAGUGGACAGAACUUGGGGGUCGAUGGUGGUUUCACGGUGGUUAGCCAUAGCUAUUCGGCCAAUUAGUUAUUUAAUAUCGGCAGCUGAACUUGCUAAUUUAAGAAGAUGAAGGUGAGGAAGCAUGGAAUAGUUACGAGUUUGAGAGUCUGGGUUGUGGAAUUUUAUAUCCAACAUGAUGCACAACUUCUGCCAUAAAUCAUGGCAUAUUGUUUUGUGUAAAAUUAGAUGGGUGC